AUGGUGUCACCAGCAGCCUCAGUGUCUUCCAAGCGCUCUCUCGCGUCGUCGUCGUCGGCAGCAAAGGCACCCUCCAAGCCCUCUGCCGCCCCCUCGUCUCCGGCAUCUUCAAAGCACUCUGGAAGAUCUCGCAGCAAGUCGACUGCCGUGGUCCUCGUCGACAAGCUCACCGCCGCCGCGCGAGAGGGCUAUGCCAUUGGGCUCGACCUUGGCGACAUGACGAUGACGCGCGGACAAACGGCGACGAGGGCGGCUGCAAGUGUUGCCAGCGGUAACGAGCCACCAGAGGACACUCCCGAGCUCGUCCACCUUCACUCGCCUCAGGCUGCCGACGAGGAGAACCUGGGUACGCCGUCCGAGACUAGCGGAGCAGUGCCAGGCGUGAUCCGGCUCGACACUCCGCCCAUCCCACCUGCUCCUCUUCCAGAGCUCCCGCCCCUCGAGUUCUACGCCCAAUACACGAUCACCCUUUGGCGUGAGGAGAACUUGGAGCUCACCGAGGCCGAGACUGCAACCGUGUCCCAGCACCUCGACAGCAUCCUCGGCCGCGCAACCCAGCUGCAGGCGUGGACAGUCCCCUCCGGCCCCGAGUACGAGUUCAAGACCACAUACCGCCUUGUCGAUGAGGGACUCGCCCGCACACAGAUCGUGGUGCGCUAUCCCCUCUUCCAGGCGCACAACAACGGCCAGUCCUCCGCCAACACCAUGUACGACGCGCUGCAGGGCAAGAUCAUGGGCAUGCUCGAGGAGCUCCUAUCGUGCCCUGUCAGCCAGAAGCUCUGGAAGAAGCAGCCGACGCCUUGAGCUAUUCAUUUGCAUCUGCAUCGCGCGAGACAGCGCGCCCAUCACUGUGUAGUAUCCACCCCACAACGUGUAUAAACAGCAACUGUAGACAUAGAGAGAGGUAGCAUGGCCACCGAAUAGGUGGUGUCACAUCCACAAGCGCCGCGCCCAUCAUACACAUCCACAUACACAUCCACAUUCAUAGGUCGUAUGAAUAUCACUUGGCCUCGACCUCUCCCGCCUUGUCAGCAGGCUUGGCCUUGACGCGCUUCAUGAAGGGGAGGUAGGGGAUCGACUCGUGCUCGCACUGACACCGGUCUUGCUCGGGCACGUCCUUGAGCGCCUGAGAUUCAAUGUGAUGGCCACACCCCCACCACGUCGGCUUGCCGUCGUUUGGGCACGUUGUUCGAUGGCACAUGGUGAUGAGUGAUGGAGAGUGAGUGGGUGAUGAG